GGGAAGACAAAAAUAAUAAACAACUUUGUUCGAAUAAUAAAACAAAUACAUUUAUCGCGUAAUCGCUUUUGCGAGCUACCCGAGGAGAUCACCACAUUCUCAUUUCUGGAGACGCUACUGCUCUACCACAAUACCAUACGCAGCAUUCCCGAAUCGGUGAAGCAUCUGACAUCGUUGACGUAUUUGGAUUUGCGCAGCAAUCAGUUGGCGUCGCUGCCGCGUGAGAUCUGCUUUCUGCCGCUGCAAGUGUUGCUGGUUUCCAACAACCGGCUGGCGGCAUUGCCCGACGAGUUGGGGCGCAUGGACCGCCUCACCGAUUUGGAUGCCUCAUACAAUCAGUUGUCAACGCUGCCGGCGCGUAUUGGCGAGCUGCGUUCGUUGCGUUCAUUUUCGCUGCGCAGCAAUCAGUUGAUGUAUUUACCGCGUGGUGAGUAAUGAAUGGGGAUUUUGUUUUUUUUUGUGUUUUUUUGUUUUGUGGGUGAUUACUCUAAUAAACAAGUGUUUUGUAUAAUUCAUAGAUGGAAAAUUAAAGUUGCAGAUGUUAAGGGGCGUUUACAAUGUUAGCGUGGAGUUGAGUUCUCUGUUUACACAUUAGCUUGGAGUGCGUUGGACUUGAAGCUCAAAAAAUACAUAUUUAGGUAAC